GUCAAGCGUGUUGAUUGGUUAAGAGAUAGAGGAUUUUUACAAAUUCGAGAAAUUCUCUAUUCUGCAGCCAAUCAAAACGAUUGAAAAAUUGGUACGCACGUUAAAUGAAACAUUGAGAAUUGGCCUUUAUCACACCUGUUACUCAUGAAUGGCGCCAAUUUCUAAGGUUAUCUUCAGGUUAUGCUCAGCGAUAUCACAUUGAUGAUUAAGUAGAAAAUAUUCAUUAGCGGUGAAUGACACAGACAAGGAAGAAAGUGUAUUCGAUGAUAUAUUGGUGUGCUUGGUAUCGCGACCUAAAAAUAUUCUGGAAAUACGGAGCAGGAUGGAGUCUACCGACAUGUAUCAAGAUGAGAGCGAUAACGAUGCAAAAGACUCUGCAAAUCUCAUGAUGUCGAUCCCAAUAGUGAACGAACUAUUUGAUGUGCAUUGCAAAGUUGGAAAAGGUGCAUUUAGCACUGUCUAUAUGGCUACUUUAAAGUCUUCCGACAAACGCAAGAAAUUUGCAUUGAAACAAUUGAUUCCCACCUGCCAUCCCGACAGAAUUAAACGUGAAUUGCAAUACUUGCAACAGAUAGGAGGGACAGAUUACAUUGUUGGAUUGGAAUUAUGUUUGAGGCACCAUAGUUCAGUAGUAUUUGUAAUGCCAUAUAUGAGGCAUGAUAAGUUCUCAGAAUACGUUCAAGAUAUGACUGUUGAGGAAACAAAGGAUUAUAUGAGAGCUCUGUUAACAGCUUUACGAAGAGUUCACAAAUUUCAUAUCAUACACAGAGACGUAAAACCCAGUAAUUUUCUCUACAAUCGCACAAAUAGAAGAUAUUUGUUAGUGGAUUUUGGCCUUGCGCAAGAAUAUCACGUGGAGAAAUUACGAGAAAGUACAAGAGAAGUAAACGAGGAGAGCACUGAAGUACAUGGUGUAAAGCGGAAAAGAUCUAAUGAAAAUAACAUGAGCCUCCAACCUGAUUUUCUUGCUAAGAAAAAUGUAAAUAGAAAAUGUCAUUGUUUUGGGAAACCUAAAAUAUGCACGAUAUGCUUAAAAGAACCAUAUCAAGUGGCAUCUCGUGCGGGCACGCCUGGGUUUCGUGCUCCAGAGGUUUUAUUGAAACAUGUUUUACAAACGUCAGCAAUUGAUAUCUGGGCUUGCGGUGUAAUAAUGUUAUGCAUACUCAGUGGUUCACAACCGUUUUUUCGUUCACCUGACGACUGCACAGCUUUAGCAGAAAUUACAACGAUAUUUGGCUCUAGAGAAGUACAAAAAUGUGCACAGAAACUAGGUACCGCCAGAUAUCGAAUAUCCCAAGGAAGCGUACCAUCUUUUGACGAAACUUCUAGAUCUAGAUUACAAGACACGUAUUACUGCAGAGCAAGCAUUGGCUCAUCCUUUUUUGAGUUUGUGAUAUUGGUGCAUAUAUGUUAAUAUACGCGUUCUAAAACUUGAGAAUAACUUUUUUGUAAUUGUUAUUAUUUCGUUAAAAUGUCAGUUUUAGUUUAUUAUGUUUGUUGUUUUGAAUUGCAGGUUAAGAUAAAUUUUUGUAUUUAAAUAAAUUGUUAAAAUAUAAGGAUUUUCUUAGACUGAAAAAAAAACAAUUUAUAAUAUAUACAUUUUUCGAGAUUUAUAUAUAUGUACUAAUGAAUGUUAAAAUUAGGAAAGUCUUAAUCUUGAAAAAUGAUGAUCUCUAUUGCCAGCUCUUUGUAUAUUUUGUAUAUUUAUGAUUCAUUGUUUAAAUAAAUUUAUUUAAAAUUC